ACUCAGCGAUUUAUUGGCAUCGGAAGAUUCUUACUUGAGAGGACGAGUAGCGAUAACUUUUACAGCAUUAGCACGUUAUUUGGAGGGCAGAAACUCGAUUUUGAAAAAUGUCAUUACGGUCAGCAACUUGGCCAAAGGCCUCGAAGAUCAUUUGGCUGUAGUUCGUAUACAAAUGGCUAAGACAAUUGAAAUGUUGUCUCGAUACUGGCCUGCUGCGGAAGAUCUCUGCACUCAUGGUUUUGUUGAUCUCAUCGUGGAGCAAAUUUCACGCGAGAAAAAGGAUAUAUUGUUAGUUCACUUGGAAAGUCUGCAGUCCUUGUUAAGCACGAAUGUGAAAAUUCACGCAAUCGAAAUCGGGACUAUGGAGAAAUUAGUGGACUUGUUGAAGAGAAAAGAUGAAGCGGUAUUGAGUGGAUCCUUAGCUUGUUUGAUUGUCCUUUGUCAAGAACCCAUGGGAAAGCAAAAGUCUAUUGACAUGGAUCUUCUGAGCAUUUUGAAAGAAAAAUUGAAUGACCCGGUAUGGAAUUACUCAAAAUACAGAAACACUACUCAGAUAGAAAUUUGA